GCAUGCCUAGUUGCAUCCUGCUUAAAACUUGACGAUUUGUUACACGCGGUCGGAAACCGCUGCUUCUCGAGCUUGAUCCGAUGCGAGCUUGCGAGCCCGUUAAUCUUCGGCUGACGCUAUGAACGGAAGAAUGAUAAGGUUAUCUAAGUGCCGUUUCGCGACCGCCUCGGCACGCGAGACAUUUCUGGAGGAUUAUGCCAAGCAUCAUGUAUCCCUAUCCCCUCUGCAGCGUGUACUUCUCACGGCAGGCUCGGCGGCAAUAUCGUUGGCGAAUCCGUUUCGAGGAGACAUGAUAGCGUGUCUCGGGGAAACUACCGGUACAAAUGCCCUCGAGCAUUGUCACCGACAAAUGAAGAGUACGGCUGAGGGUCAACGUAUACUCGCGCAAAAGCCACGCAUAAACACGUCCACUGUCGAUCUCUCUUAUCUUAGAGAUCUGCCACCAGGAACCGUAGGCAGAACGUAUCGCGAUUUUUUGGACGAUAACAAUGUAUCGCCCGACGACAGAACAAUGGUGCAAUUCGUCGAUGAUACUGAACUGGCUUAUGUGAUGCAACGGUAUCGAGAGGUACACGAUAUCUUUCACGCUAUGCUUUUAAUGCCUACGACGAUGUUAGGGGAGGUAUCAGUUAAAUGGGUAGAGGCUCUACAGACGCACCUGCCGAUGUGUAUAACUGGUGCGAUAUUCGGAGCUAGUCGGCUACGUUUUAGACAAAGACAAUUGUACUUAGAUUAUCACCUUCCAUGGUCUAUAAAUACAGGAUUGAACGCAAAGCUCUUGUUAGGGAUAUAUUACGAAGAGCGUUGGGAACAGACUCUUGAAGAUUUUCACAGAGAGAUGAAUAUCACACGUCUCGUAUAAUAAAAAUAGUUAAUCGAGGGAUGAAAUUAUAGUAUUGUAGUAAUUGUGGAUAAUGUAAAUAAAUUGUCAAUCAUCAUUUAAUUAUUUGAGAUAAAACGAAAAAUAAAGUUGUGGCAAACGUU